AACCUAGGAACAUAUAUGGGCGGAGCUGAAUUGACGCAACCACAGUGGAGAGACGUUCGCAAUGCAUGAUGGGAAGAGGUGUUUUCGUCGCAGAAAUCUAGGGCAGCCAUCUUGCGGGACACAAGGAAGCAGGAAGGGGUGGUUGAAGGUUUGCGCAUUAAGUAUCAUGCAUUGUAAGGCCUAGGGGGCGGGAAGGACGGGGAUUUUAGAACUUAGAUGAACCGCAGCUUUCGAACACAACGCUUGCUUGACUAAAAUUUCCAUUCUGAACGUCCCCCCGGUCCUGGGUCGGGUGGCUGUCCCCACGGGAUUUGCUUCGCCACGGCAGGAGAGCGGGGCGCCCGGCGGGGCGGGGGGGACAGCGUGACAUCCAACAGCGUUGGUUUUAGUAGUAGGCGCCGCCGGUGUCGGAGGAAGAGGAGGAAAGGCGGAACGUUGCGGAAUAGCACAGAUAGAAGCAUGGAGGCGGAGCGAGGGGAACAGAGUAAAGAAGGUGAAGUGAAUGUUUUGGAUGAUAUUUUAACGGAAGCGCCCGAUCAAGAUGAUGAAUUAUACAACCCUGAAAGUGAACAAGAUGUGAAUGAGAAAAAAGGUUCCAAACGAAAAAGUGAAAGAAUUGAAAUGACUGAAAAUAAGAGACAAAAGCAGUCUUCACAUAUGAGCAGACAACCUCCUCAAAGAGUAGCAUCUGGGGCUAACAAGAAGGUAAUCAGCACCAAAGGGAAACCAGUUACAGAAUACAAGUGUGAUGACUUUCACAGGCAAGACAGGAACAGAAGGUCAGAUGGGGACAGAAGAAUCCGCUCCUCAAGUGGCACCGCAAGAGACAAUUAUAAAGGCCCACAAGAUAAAAUCAGCAUCAGGAAGAGAGAAUCUGACAGGCGACCUAAAUCCAGUACACCGGAUAUGGCUUCUGAGAAAAUAAGACAUGAAGUAAGCAGACGUCAAAGCAGAUCCAGCCAUUCUUCAAAUGAAGGCAACUCUGAUGAUUAUGGCUCUGAAAGGGAAACUGGCAGCAGUGAAUCAUCAGAUGAAGAACAAGGCAAUAACAGUGAGAAUGAUGAAGAAGGAAUGGAAGAAGAGGAUGAGGAGGAAGAUGAGGGGGAGGAAGCUGAAGAGGGUGAAGAAGAGGAGGAAGAGUAUGAACAAGAUGAACAUGCUCGAGACCAGAGAGAUGGAAAUGAUUAUGAUACUCGUAGUGAGGCAAGCGACUCUGAAUCAGACUCUGCCUCUUUUACUGAUGGAGAUUCUGUUAGAUCUGGUUCAGGAUCUGACAUUUCAGAUCAAAAAAAGAAGGAAAGGAAAAGGGCUAGAGGUAUUUCUCCAAUUGUGUUUGAUAGAAGUGGAAGUUCUGCAUCAGACUCUUAUGCAGGUUCAGAAAAGAAGCACGAAAAAUUGCCCUCUUCUGUUCGUGAUGUUCGAAAAGAACGCACCAACAAAAUUAGAUACAUUCUGCAAGAAGCUAGAUUCUUUCUUAUCAAGAGUAACAACCAUGAGAAUGUGUCUUUGGCCAAGGCAAAGGGUGUUUGGUCAACUUUACCAGUUAAUGAAAAGAAGUUAAAUGCAGCUUUUAGAUCUGCAAGGAGUGUUAUUCUGGUGUUCUCAGUUCGAGAGAGUGGAAAAUUUCAAGGAUUCGCUAGGCUGUCCUCUGAGUCACAUCAUGGUGGGUCCCCUAUUCAUUGGGUGCUGCCUGCUGGAAUGAAUGCAAAGAUGCUUGGUGGAGUCUUCAAAAUAGAUUGGAUUUGCAGGAGAGAACUACCAUUCACUAAAUGUGUUCAUCUAACCAACCCUUGGAAUGAACAUAAACCUGUAAAGAUUGGACGAGAUGGUCAGGAAAUAGAACCUGAUUGUGGAACCCAGCUCUGCCUUCUAUUCCCAGCGGAUGAUUCUAUUGACUUGUAUCAAGUCAUUCAUAAAAUGAGGCAUAAGAGACGAAUGCAUUCACAACCCAGAUCACGAGGAAGACCAUCUCGUCGUGAGGCAACACGAGAAGUGGGAAGGCGUCGACCAGAAGAGUACGAUAUUCAUAACAGAAAGAAACCAAGAAUUGACUAUCCUCCUGAGUUCCACCAGCGCCCAGGUUUUGUCAAGGAUCCACGUUACCAAGAAGUAGACAGAAGAUUCACUGGUGUUCGAAGAGAUGUAUUUUUAAAUGGGUCUUACAAUGAUUAUGUAAGGGAAUUUCAUAAUAUGGGCCCACCUCCACCAUGGCAAGGAAUGCCACCGUAUCCGGCAAUGGAGCAGGCUCCUCAUCAUCCAUACUAUCAACAUCAUGCACCGCCACCUCAAGCACACCCACAGUUCUCAGGUCAUCAUCCGGUUCAACAUGAUGCAAGAUAUCGGGAUAAACGGGUUCAUGAUUAUGAUAUGAGAGUGGAUGAUUUCCUUCGGCGAACGCAAGCUGUGGUGAGCGGAAGAAGAAGCCGACCUAGAGAGCGUGAAAGAGAGCGGGAACGUCCCAGAGACAACCGUCGAGACAGGGGCCGUGAUCGUGAUAGAGAUCGUGAGAGAGAGAGGAUGCGUGAUAGGGAAAGGGGGGACAGAGGAGAUAGGGGCAGAUACAGGAGAUAAAUUCCUUGGCCAACACUGGUUAUGUCCUCUCUGAAAUUUACCUUCAUAUUUUCUCCUUACGCGUGUUUACAAAAUAGUGACAUUUCUGUUCAGUUUGUCGAAUGCUUAAGCAAAAGAGAAUACUGCUCAUUUUAUAUCAUUUGAACCUCUGUUGCGCACGUGUGUAUGAAAUGGAGAUUUAUUAAAAUGGCCAAAAAAAGAUGCAAAUUAAAAAGCCUAUACUAGUGCAAAGAAAUAAACUUGUCUUUGGUUAAUUGUUCAUCUUAGCGGUAUUUCAUACCAGCGUUUUUGUUUGUUACUCCAUGGGCCGUAUUGCAUAUACCCUGUUUUCAAAGGCCACUGAUGAAGUGGUUUGUUAACUGCCUUCACAGAUUUCCCUGUUCCUUUUGUAGUUAGUGAGGAUUCUGUGAAUAUAAUGCUGCUAUGAAGUAUGCAAAUUCUGAAGUUAUGGGCUGAUGAACAUAUUGUAGACACCCUUCUGCCCUUUUAUCCUUGUACUAUUUGGCAAUGAUGAAAGCAAUACUGGAAAGCCUGUUGCCUACAUUUUUUUUAAACACUUGCAUCUAAAUUUGUACCUCUUCACUUUUUCUCAGUUGCAGACUUGUGGAGAAUGCAAGCAACCUAUGUGCUAGAAAAAAUAUUUUGACCAUGUUUUCUCCUGCUAUCAUUUUGUACCUGGCUGAUAACAAUGUAAUUUAAUUUGUUACUGCAGUGGUUUUUUUAAGCCAUAUGCUAGCAGUUACGAUAUUUCCUCUGCUACAAAUGCACCUCUUAUUUUGUGUAGUCUUGUACCAUUAUGCGUUAUUUUGUGCAGUUUUAUAAUAAAAGCCACUGUGAUUAUUAA